AUGGAUCCCGCUGGUGGGCAUGUACCUCGUCGAGCUCGUUCUGGUAUAGGGGGAGGACUUGAGCAAUUGGCUAAUGUUUUGCGAACUGCCCUUACUGGUAGAUCAUCGAAUCGCACCUAUAUUGAGAUUGCUACCAGUCAUGGUAUUCCCAGAGUUUUAAGGUGGGAGAUUCAGCACCAGGAGGAGCAGGCGCAGUAUCAAGAACCACCCAGAUAUCAGGAACAACCUCGGAACCAGAACCAGAGAGGUCGUGGUUUUAGAUCUCGGAGUGUGAGGGAAUCUGGUAACUCUUCUAACUUUGUUGGCCCUAGACACUCUCAUUCCUUCAAACGUCAGGGUCAAGGUUCAGGUUCUUCCAGCGAGGGUUCGGGUAAUGAAUCAGGGAUGCGAUCUUUCAGUUAUUUCCGGUCGCAGGUUACAUGCCACAGGUGUGGAGGCAUGGGACAUAUUGCCAGAUUUUGCCCUUCAGGACAGCCUGCUGAGAGUUAUGCAUCGGUGCCGAGUUAUGAUGGAGGGAGUAAUCCGAGUUCUAGCUAUGGAGGUAAUUACACUCAGAGCUAUGGUGGAAGUGGAAGUGGAAGUCAGAAUACCCAAUUUUCCACUCAGAGACAGCCGCAACAGUUUGGUGCAGCUUCGAGUAGCCGUUCUCAGGGGAAUCGAGCAGGCCGUAAUAAUCAAGGUUUCAGAGCUCGUGGUAACCGUAACAGUGGAGCAGGACGUCAGUUUCAUGGAUGUAUCAACGCCAUGACACAGCAGGAGGCUGAUCAGGAUCCUCAAGUCAUUACCGGUAUGUUACUUAUUUGUGGUAAUUGGGCGAAGGUUCUAAUUGAUCCGGGUGCUACCUUUUCUUUUGUGUCUUCAUCAUUUGCACCGAAUUUAAAUGCACCACCUACACCUCUUGGUUAUGAUAUGCUUGUGCAAAUGCCGCAAGGGGAUCUGUUUUGUGCUCAGUGGGAGUAUAAAAGUUACCCAGUGGUAGUUGAAGGGGAAAUGAUGGAGGCUAAUAUGGUCCCUUUUCAUUUGGCGGAGUUUGAUGUGAUUUUGGGGAUGGAUUGGCUAUCCAGGCACCGUGCUUAUGUCGCAUGUUGGGAGAAAUCUGUGACGUUCAACCGGCCUGGACGACCGUCAAUCACAUUUCAGGGUGAGCGACGAAUCCUUCCUAGUAGUAUUAUUUCCGCUAUUCAGGCUACUAGAUUGUUGAGUAGGGGAUGUGUGGGAUUCUUAGCUCAUGUAGUAACGAGGGAUAAAUCUUCGUUGCGUCCUAAGGAUGUGCCAGUGGUGAAGCAUUACACCGAUGUUUUUCCGGAUGAUUUACCAGGGUUACCACCUGCGAGGGAAAUUGAAUUUACCAUCGAUUUACUUCCAGGAACAGACCCUAUCUCUUUAGCACCUUAUCGCAUGGCACCGGCGGAGUUGAGGGAAUUGAAGGUUCAACUUCAGGAGUUGGUGGAUAAAGGUUACAUCCAACCCAGUAUGUCUCCCUGGGGUGCUCUUGUUUUAUUUGUUAAAAAGAAGGACGGAUCGAUGAGACUUUGCAUCGACUAUCGGCAGUUAAACCGGGUGACGGUGAAGAAUCGUUAUCCUUUGCCUUGGAUCGAUGAUCUGUUCGACCAGCUGAAGGGUGCUCAGGUUUUCUCUAAGAUCGAUCUUCGCUCAGGUUAUCAUCAGUUACUAAUUCGGGAGGGAGAUGUACCGAAGACUGCUUUCCGCACUAGGUAUGGACACUUUGAAUUUCGUGUCAUACCUUUCGGACUGACGAAUGCACCUGCAGCGUUCAUGGAUUUGAUGAACAGAGUUUUCAGACCGUAUUUGGAUCGGUUUGUGAUUGUGUUCAUUGAUGAUAUUCUGAUCUUUUCCAAGAGUGUCAGCGACCACAAGAAGCAUUUGAGGUUGGUGUUGGAAAGGUUGAGCAGUGAGCAGUUGUAUGCUAAGUUUAGCAAGUGUCAGUUCUGGCUAAACCAAAUUAGCUUUCUCGGUCAUGUAGUAUCUGCUGAGGGGAUUAGUGUGGAUCCUCAGAAGGUGUCAGCAAUAACUACGUGGGAGCAACCGAGGAAUGUUACUGAAGUGAGGAGUUUUCUAGGUCUAGCUGGCUAUUACCGAAGAUUUGUUAAAGGUUUCUCAGCCAUUGCCUUACCUCUGAAUAAGUUGACUCGAAAGGAAGUGGAGUUUAAGUGGGAUGAAGAUUGUGAGCGGAGUUUUCAGGAACUGAAGCGAUGUCUUACUCAAGCUCCCGUUCUUACUCUUCCAGAUAAUAGCGGUGAGUUUGAUAUCUACACGGAUGCAUCCCUAUCAGGUUUGGGUUGUGUACUGAUGCAGCAUGAUAAAGUCAUUGCUUAUGCUUCCAGACAGCUCAAGACUCACGAGAGAAACUAUCCCACUCAUGAUUUGGAGCUCGGUGCAGUGGUAUUUGCUUUGAAGAUCUGGAGACAUUACUUGUACGAUGAGAAGUGUCGUAUCUUUACUGAUCAUAAGAGCCUCAA